UAUAAGCGUCUGUUUAACUCCAUGUCAGAAUAAAAAAUAAUUGAGCAACACUUAUCAUCAUAUUCUAGCUAAUUCUAUCAACAUGGCAGACGUUUUCUGCUGCUUGCGUCGCCUUUUUGGUAGUUCCAACCCUGGACACAUAACAUUACAAGAGAUCCCAUCGGUACAACUCGACACUUCAAAUAUGGGUUCAGAAGUAGUAAUAGUGAAGAGUGGUAAAAGAAUCUGCGGUACCGGAGCUGCCUUUUCCAAUGCUCCGAUCAACCAGGAUAAAGCCUACUUUGAGAUUAAAGUACAGUCAUCAGGUGUAUGGGGUGUGGGACUGGCGACAAGAAAGUGUGGUGUGGACAAACUACCCCUGGGUGACACAGAGGAGUCCUGGGUACUGCGACAUGAUGGCAAACUCUACCACAACGGGGAGGAACGAGGAAAAAUGCCCCAGCCCCUACAGGAGGGAGAUGUAGUGGGCCUGACGUACGAUCAUGUGGAGCUGAACUUUCGUCUGAACGAUAAACCCACCAAUACUCCAUUUACGGGAAUCAAGGGAACUGUGUAUCCUGUGUUCUAUGUUGAUGAUGGGGCAACUUUAGACGUGCAGUUUACAAACUUCUACAACACUCCACCGUUCGGCUAUGACAGCAUUAUGAUAGAACAGUCUUUGUUAUAGCAAAUAGUUAGUAUUACCUUGCUCAUUUAACAUGAUAUAAACCAUGACGAGUAGAAAUAGGCCUUUAAGUUAAGAAUCAGUGUUGGGCAGUAUUUUGCAUCAUGCAAAUUUAAACUCCUAAAAGUUUCAGUGGUCAACAUUAUAUUUUGUCCAAUGAGAAGGCAGUAUUUCUCAAGUUUAUCACUACAUUUAUUUGAGUAAAUUAGCAGUCAGCCCUUACUGAUUUUGAUCAGGUGAAGUGGUAGAAAUAAGCAGUGGCUGGCUUUGUAAGUGGGUAGUUUACACAAUAUAAUGUGAACCACUAAAAUUGCUUGAAAUUUAAAGAGAAUUUUAGUAAUUGUGAACAGGCCUGCAACUAGGGCGAAUUUUGAGUGCGCAGACUGAAAUUUGUUAAUUGACGGACAGCAUAUUAACCCCUGCACCCUCUACCCCCUUUGGUUUUUAUUUCAAAUUUCGGGGUUUUUGGUAUGUACGACCUGUCAAAGUUUCAUUAUACAACUGGGAAUAUGCGUACAGUCAGCUACGAGCCUGGUAAAGGUCUUUAGUAUGUACUUUCAAAAAUAAAUUUAAAUGGUUAUGCAACUGCGUCACAUAAAACCUUUAUUUUUUGUAAGUACAUACUAACACUGUUAACCAUUAGUUAAAAAUGAUCUUGUAACUUCAAACAUGUCACACUGUUAGAAACGCCAAUCUAAUUCGAGUUUCAAAAAUACUUGGCAUUUUUUUUCUGCUUUGUUAAGUGGAUUUUAGUUUAAGGCUUAUUUCUGCUUUUUAUUUUUCACCUAUGUAUCAUUAUGUAAAAUUAUUGUAUAAAUAGCCAUAUUAGUUGCAUGUGUGUUUUUCAAAGGAAAAACUUGAGGAAUUGCCAUACAGUUUCUGUGUCAAUGGCAUCAGUUGUAAUAGUUAUAGGUUAUUGUGACUUAAUGAUAGAAAAGUCAUUGUUACAGCAAAUCCACGCUCACAUUUUGGCUGGUAUAAAUUGUUAUUGUGGUUUUUUUAUAUUAUGUUCCAAAAAACACUUCAAAAGGCAUUAAAGAAUGGGAAAUGACAGGCCUGCACUUCUUAUUUUGUCAAGCUACAUACAUAUAAAUUAUCAUUAAAGGGACUAGACACCAGAUGAUACAACUGUAAGAAAAAAAGACAAUUGUCAAAAACUUACAUAAAUUUGAUAUUGUUUUUUACAACACAUUAUAUCUUACUUACUGAUGUGUCGCAUCACUUAAAAUUGGAACAUGUAUCUGUCACAGUUUUUACCUAUUUUUCCAUUUCGAAAUUUACUUGGUUUGUCUUCCACGUAAAUCCCAGUUAAUUUAAAAAUAGUAUAUAUAUCUGUACUAAUCACGUGACUUUCACAUGCUAAAUAUACACACUGUAAACUGGGAAACCAUUAUGCUUUAUUUUUAAACAGGUGAACUCAGCUGAGACAGCGACAAAAUAUUCUUUUAUCAUGUAAAAUAGCUCCAGGUAUUGACAAUUCUAGGCUUAUUUUGUGGAAAUAAUGUAGUUGCUGAUUUUGGGACCAUCUGGUGUCCAGCCCCUUUAACAUAUAGUCAUUACAGUCAUGUAUUUAAGUGUUUAGAUAUAAUUAUGUUUACUUUUUAAGUGGGUAUAUACAAUGUAUAGUGUACAUGUAGUAAAUUAUAAAUAUCUGUCAAACGUUUUUGCAUGGUUAGAACUAUUCUAUCUGACCCGCUAAAAUGCCCACAAUAAGGCCUGCCGAGUCACCAUCUUAACAGUGUGCUUGUAGGUCAAUUUUUACCAUUCGUGCCAGAAAUGCACGAUUUGAUACUUUUUCUUGCAUACAUUUAAUUUUAAAAUUUUGUGAGAAACUGAUGUAAGGAAAAACAUUUUUGUGUGCGUCAUUAAUUACUGACGUCAUGACAAGAUGUAAUUUAAAAUCACAAUUAAUUUUUUUUUUAUAAUUGGCAAGCUGUUGCAUGUCGCCAAAAUAACACGGGUUGUUAGUUAGAUUAUUUGUGUACUGCGGUCACAUGACCGGAAACGCUAGUUCAAUAUGCAAGUAUAUUCUGCCAUGAGUAUGACAUUAUCAUUAUGGAGCAACUUUAUUAUAGAAAAUGCACAAAUAUAUUUACUUUGUUUUAAAUGCAUAUAUUUAGAAAGAUAGAUAGAUGCAACAUAAGUUUGUAAUUAGGACAGGUAGGUACAGAGGGAUUAUAACACUUUCGUUUAAGUGUUGAAUAAAAAGUGAGUUAUAUUAGUUUAAACGUUAUAUAUAUUAUUAUACUAUGGCACUCUCGUUGGCACAUUGUUGCGCGAGAGUGUGAUCUUGUGUUGUUGGAGAAAUUGGAGUGCCCGGAGGAAAUCUGUUUGUCCAGCUGCUUGGUGACCACAAUCCAAACUCACAUGCGCCCAGGCCGGAAGUGGAAUCCUUCAUGAGAUGCAUGUACGCUUACCACUGCGCUAACCAAACAACCAGUGAGUGAUAUUGAAGGCGACACUACAGAAAUAUAUCUUUGCCAGUAUACAGUACUGUUGUGAGCUUCUUGGAUUUGUUAUGGCAGACGUAAAAGUACUACUUUCGAAUUAUUAUACUAGGAGCAGUUGUUAGAAGUUUUAAGUGGCACAAAGCAAUUAAAAAUGAAAAUAUAAGAAAUAGUCAAGUCAAUUAUUUACUUGGCAAUCUAAGGUCACCAUUGACCAGUGGAAAAAAAAAUGUUUCUUAGUUACAUUUUAUAAAACAUAUACAUGAGUAGUUGUGUCACAGAGAUGUAUCUCACAAGCUUAUAAAGAGUGGUUACAAAACUACUCUCUAUUUACUUCCCUUUAACUACAAAUGUUCAAUAUUAGUUGUUUGAUAAAGUUAUGCUGCCCUUGAUAUAAAGGGCACAGCUUAGGCCGCAAUAAAAAAUAAACUCAUGGGCCUUACCCAACCUGCAUUUUGAUGAGAGGGGAGGUAAGUUGAGUCUUAUUUUUUCCAUCCCGACCCCUGAAAGCUUAACUUUUUUAUUUUUUGUCUUGGAAUAAGCCAAUUUUUGCAUAAAUAUCUGAAAACCACUUGUAUAAAACUGCUGACAAAAGAUCAGAUCGCAGUUUUAUAUUUACGUUCAAAAAUUAUUUAUUGCUAAAAAAUAAAAAUGCUUAAAACAUCAAUUUUUGAUUCUAAAUAUGAAAACUUGCAAUCUGAUUUUUUGUCAGCAGUCUUAUAUCACUGGUUUCCAUGCAUUUUAACAAAACAAUGGCUCGUUUCAAGACAAAAAAUAAAAAAAGUUGUCAAAACAGCGAAUCUGUGAGAGUGCAGCUUUAAUUUGAUUAUGCAAAAAAAAAAUAUGACCAAUGGGGAAGCUUAAAGGGUCACGGGUAUUUCUGUGCCCCAGUCAUGGAAGGCUCAGGCCUUACCAAAUAGUUUUCAUGUUUACCCUUAGUAUGAAAACUUAUCUAGCUAUUCUGAAAAACUCAAAGUUGAACCCUUUAAAAAAACGAAUAUAAAAUGAGAGACAUCCUAUGUAGAAUACAGUCACUAGCGCCUCUUAACUCCAUUCUGGACAAUUCUCUAUGUUUAGAUAGAUUUCCAAUGUGAAAUGAGUUCAGUUAAAACUUGUAUUUAAGUGUGUUUAUCAUAGGAAUCGCACAGAAUGCAUCAUUUUCUGAUAUCAAAUGUCAAGAAUACUAGUACAAAGUAUGAAGCUUAUUGUUUACACUUGUGUUUUGUAGUAGGAAUUAUAGUAAAAGAAAAUAUUUUGCCAGAUUGUUGAUCAUAUGAAGUGGUGUUUUUUUUGUGAUCUUGAAUAUCAGACAUAACAAAUAUUUGGUAUGGCCUAAACAAACUGUUUAUUGUGGCCUCAUCUGCAUUUAAAUAUCUUGUAUGGCCAUCUUAAAAAAAUGUUUGCUGUCGCUUCACGCUGCAGUUUUCAGUCAAUGACUUGAGCCCCGCUCAGGACUUAUUCUGAUAUGAGCGUUUGCUUACCAGGCAGCUAGUUAUUUAAUGGGUACCGACUGCCUUCUGCCAGGCACUCAAUGGCAUGUUGGAUAGGAAUUGGGAGUAAAGGUGUUUAUUGAUCAAGGUGUCUCAUAAGACAGGGCUUUUUUACCCUUCAUUGCCAUAGCCGAUACCCAGCUACUUCCCGAAGGGCUAGACCCUGUUUUAUCUCCCCCCAAAAUAGCCUCCGAAAUUCCAAAUUUUAAAAAAUAAAAGAUUUUUUUGGGUUUUUUUUAUGUUUAUAUUAUGCUGUAAGUAGAUUCCGAUGAGGCAUUGUUUUCAAGUGAUAUAUUUACUGCUUUAUUGAUAUUUAAAUCCAUUUGUUCUCUAACUGUUUAAAAAAGAAUUUCCUUUCCGAAUUUUCUACCAAAACUAAAAAAGUAAGCUUUUUUCCCAUAAAAAGGGCUUGGGUGUCUUCCCCAUGACUGGUAAAAUGGCCCUGUAUGUCUAGCAGACUGGCCCUUAAUUGACAGGGGAUGUCAUCACACACACUUUAUUUCCAUGGGAUGAAAUUGUUGUGUUUGUGCAAUGUACGUUAAUCAUAAUGCAAGUAUGCAAGCAGAACAAACAUUAUGUUAUGAAUAGUUUUGUUUAUCUCCAAAGGGACCAAUUUUGUUUUGCUUGUGUAGUAAGAUUGUUUCUUCAAUUUCUUAUGUCAUAAGAUUGUUUCUGCAAUUUCUUAUGUCAUAUGUAACAUGUGCUAUAUUGUUGUGUAUUCCGUGCACAUAUAGGGUAUUAUGUAAUUUUCGCAAAAUGAAAAAUGAUUUUUAUAAUGUGUUAAGACUUAUCAAUAUAAAAAAGACUUGGAAUAAUGCUAUGGUAAUUAAUAAGACAUUGAUAUUUUGUGCCUAAAAUUUUCACGCCAUGCAUCAUGUUUGAAAUAAAACAAUGUGUAUGUGUACCGUGCAAUAUGUUUAAGCAAUAAAUAAAAGAAAUUUGUAUAUAAUAUUAUUGUUAAAAGACUUGUUGAAUUGAUGUCUUUGUAAUGGAAAUAAAUUGAUUACAGAUGUCUUACCAACAUGAAGUUAUACAGCUACAAAGUUGUACUAUAUUUGAAGGACUUCUCCCAUAUAUGUAAAACAAUGUAAAACAUUAGGGAAGUUAUAUUAAGGCCAGGGGCAGUUCCAGGAUUUGACAUUAGAGGGGGGGCAUAACUAAGGGGUGUAACCUUUUGACAUGCGCCCCUCCCACAGAAUCAAAA